AGGAGCGGGGACAACUCUGCCUCUAGUGACAGGAGCGGAUUGACGUCACGCUUCGGCAAGAUGGCGGCGCCCAGAGAGCAAGAAUGACACUGAGUCCUCGGUACAGAGGUCCUGUGUUCGGAUGAUCGGUGUGUAUAGGAGAGACUUGCGAUCAUGAGGACUUUACGCUGGUUGGUAUCGGCUCGGAAUCUGUGUGCUUCAGCAAGAUGGCUGUCUGGGGUAGAACCGUGCAAACCACAGGUGAAACUUGUGCGCAUGGUCCACUCAUCACCCAUCCCUGCCCCACCUAAAGCCAACGAUUCACCCAAAGCGCUGACACCUUUUGAGGUGCACUUUAGCAAACAGCAGAAGGACAAGGCCUCGUUUGUCCAGGUGCUGGAUGUGUUCUGUGGCCGGGAUGUUCGGAGGAGAGGACACGUGGAGAUGAUCGAGGCUGCUCUUAAAUGGAUGCCAGAAUUUGGACUGGAGAAAGACCUGGAGGUUUACAACAAAAUCAUUGAUGUGUUCCCCAAAGAGGUCUUUGUUCACCAAAACUUAAUCCAAACAAUGUUCAACCAUUAUCCUCGGCAGCAAGAGUGCGCCGUCAAGGUGUUGGACCAGAUGGAGACAAACGGCGUCACCCCUGACAAGAACACCCGUUUCCUGAUAAUGCAAACAUUUGGGAAACUAAGCCACCCUAUGAAGAAGUACCAGAGGAUAAUGUACUGGUUCCCCCGGUUCAAGAACACCAACCCUUACCCAGUUGUAGCUGGUAUUGAGGCCGACCCCGUCUCUAUGUCAAAGCUGUGCCUGGAACGUAUGGCAGCUGACAAGGAAGCGCGUAUCACAGUGUACCAGCUCCCAUCAACAGAACAGUGUGACGAUGGGACAGUUAAAGAGCACACACAUCUUGUAGGUAUCCAGUCACCGGACCAGAUGUCCCUUCUAGCAGAACAUGAUCACAAUUACCCCGUCCUAGUUGAAGGUCCAUUUCCUUUAUGGCUGAGGAAGACCUGCAUCAAUUAUUACGUUUUACGCGCUGAACCCAAUGCUAAUAAAAGGGAGAAAACAUUAGACCCUGAAAGGAGUUUAUAUUACCCAAUCGAAUUGGACCUGGACCUGGAGCGAGACCUCGGUGAUGAUUUAACCUUCGAUGUGGAUGAAGUGGAGGAAGGUCCAGUCUACGCUAUGUGCAUGGCAGGAGAUGAAAGGCUGCUGGUCAAAUGGAUUCAGGGAAUGCAAGAGACUAAUCCGAUCCUUGGGGAGGUGCCGGUUCUUUUCCGACUGACCUCCGGCCCACAGGAGCUGAGCGUUCCAGGGAAAGAAAAGGACAGUUCACCCCCCGAGAGCGAUGAGGAGAGCGCUCAGGAGCAGAGGCUCAGGAUGGAGCGGUAAUACAUCCAUGGAGGGAUGCUAUCAGGACUGAGUAUAAACCUGGAGCCGUGCACAACCAGCUACCCCAGUAAAGACCAGGACAAGAACGGAAAAUGGCUGUUUGCUUUAUUUGCAUACCAAGGCCUUUGAUAGUUGACAUGCGAGAGGCCAUGAUGUCAGGUGCUGAAAUUGGUGUGGAAUCCCACCUGGUAACCCAUAAAUGUCUCCACUGAACCUGCUCACCCGUCCUCCCAUGUCCUGUGCUCUUGUUUUUCCGGCCAAGCUGUUUUCUUGCAUACAUCGGCAUCCAAACACCAUGGGAAAACUU